AUGUUAUUUUAUUAUACCAUCCUCUUGACAGUGUUGGCAGUAAUGUCAUCAUUGUCUAUUAGCAAUGCUGCAACACCAUCAUUCAAAAUUGAUUAUAAUCCACAAUUAUCUUUAGUUAAACAAUAUAAUGGAAGUCAAUUAUACACAAUGAUAUCAACUGGAUACGCUGAUCCAAUCAUGGUCGCAAAUCUUACUGGUUCACAUUAUGAAAUGGGUUUCUCGCUUGGUGUUUUUUUGGCUAAUGAAGCAUAUGAAAAUUAUUUAUCAUUAUUCAAGACAUUGGUUCCAAACUUUUUAGAGAAUGAUGCACUUGAAGUAUUCCUUGAUUGGCAAUGGGAUGAUUAUCUCUCUAAACAAUUCCCACAAGAAUUCUCUGAUGAAAUCAAUGGUUUCAAUGAUGGUGCAGUACAUUCCGGAUUCACUCAAAUGGGUAAAGCCAUCACUAGAUGUAUAGUACUCUCCUCAUUCCCAGGCGAUGCUGGUCAAAAUAUUGAAUAUCUUUUAAUCAAUGAAUUAAAGUCUGAAGCAUUUUUAGAGUAUAUUGAAAAAAAGGGAGUACCACAUGGAAAGCUAUCACCCGAUUCAAUGCAAUGUAGUCAUUUCUCAGUUUGGGGAGAUCGUACGGUUCAAGGAGAGAUGUAUAAUGGUCGUAAUUUGGAUUGGAUCAUUGACACUGGUAUUGCCAAGCACAAGUUACUCACAUUCUUCCAUCCAACCACUGGAGGUAAUAGUCAUGUGGCAGUUGGAUUUGCCGGUUUGUUUGGUGCCAUCACUGGUAUCUCUUCCAAAGGUAUUUUCGUUGCAGAAAGUGACAAUGACUCGGAUUUGGUGACAUUUGAUGGUAUGUCGUGGGCACAUCGUCUUCGUUAUGUCAUGCAGUAUGCCAACAAUAUAGAAGAUGCUCUCAAUAUUUGGAAGGCAACCAACAACACGAUGGGUAUGAACCACAUGCUAUCGUCUGCCUUUGAAGUUGAUACUGUCGAACAUCCAGCCUACGCACUCGAGACUAUGAAGGGAUACACUGCCUUUUUCCCAGACAAUGAUACACUCGAAUCUGCCUAUAUCUAUGUAGACCCCAAUACUGGUGACAAGACCCAAAUGGGAUACCCCAUUCCACAAGCUGUCUAUCGUACCAACCAUGGAUACGAUCCACUCAUUAGAAAAUAUCAAUACCAAUUACCAGGACCAGGUGACGAUACUAUGAUUCGUUACAUGCUCCUCUACAAUGCCUUUGAGUACUACCAAUCUGCAUCGAUUGCCAUUGACGAAUUGGCAGCCAUCAACAUCACAUCCACCCUCGGUGCAAAGGGCAACGAAGGUGACUUUUUCGAUUGUUCCAAUGCAAACACUGGUAUGAAUGUCAUUAGUGCUGCUUUCCAUGCUGCCAACUCUACCAUGUAUGUAGCAUUUGAAGAAGGUACUGGAAACACUAGAAUUUGUGCUUGUUGUGGUACCUAUGUUCAAGUUGACCUAUCACUUUUCUUUGGUCAACAACAACAAAUUUAA